AUGUCCCACGAACACUCACACGACGGCCCUCAUGGCCACUCGCACUCCCACGAGGGCGGCUUCAACGCCCAGGAACACGGCCACUCGCACGAGAUCCUGGACGGUCCUGGAAGCUACCUCGGCCGUGAGAUGCCCAUUGUCGAGGGCAGGAACUGGAACGAUCGUGCUUUCACCAUUGGCAUUGGAGGCCCCGUCGGCUCCGGCAAGACGGCCCUGAUGCUCGCCCUCUGCCACGCCCUGCGCGAGAAGUUCUCCAUCGCGGCCGUCACAAACGACAUCUUCACCCGUGAGGACGCCGAGUUCCUCACCCGCCACAAGGCCCUCCCCGCCCCCCGCAUCCGCGCCAUCGAGACGGGCGGCUGCCCGCACGCCGCCGUGCGCGAGGACAUCUCGGCCAACCUUGCCGCCCUCGAGGACCUCCACCGCGAGUUCGACGCAGACCUGCUCCUCAUCGAGUCCGGCGGCGACAACCUGGCUGCAAACUACUCGCGCGAGCUGGCCGACUACAUCAUCUACGUCAUCGACGUGUCCGGCGGUGACAAGAUCCCACGCAAGGGCGGACCGGGCAUCACGCAGAGCGAUUUGCUGGUUGUGAACAAGACGGACCUCGCCGAGAUUGUCGGCGCGGACUUGGGCGUCAUGGAGAGGGACGCGCGCAAGAUGCGCGAGGGCGGGCCGACUGUGUUUGCGCAGGUGAAGAAGAACGUCGCCGUGGACCACAUUGUCAACCUCAUGCUCAGCGCGUGGAAGGCGAGUGGUGCGGAGGAGAACCGUAGGGCCGCGGGCGGACCGCGGGCGACGGAGGGGCUGGAUAGUCUCAAGGCAUAA